AUGGAGAUUGAUUCCUUGGAAAUAUUUGCAGACAACAAUUUCCAAGUGAGGACAGGCCAGAUUUUCUUCUUCCCUGUGCUGCAGUUGUUCCAGGCUGUGAUCAAGGCUGAAGAGUAUUUUAUGGAGAAGAGCGUUGUUCCAAACGGCAUGGCUUUCCUUUGUGCUGAAGAGGUUGAAGAUCUGCUGGAGUAUCUGAUGGUGGAAGCAAAUGCCUUGUGUCAUCCGUAUUUGAGUGAUAGUCCCUCUUUUCCAAGGGAAUUUGAAGUCGUGCCGAGCUGGGAGCCUUGGCGCGGUCCGGCGGGCGACGUUUUUCUCGGGGAGCGAGCCCGGAAGCUGGCGUUUUCUGGACUUGGACGGAAGUGUUGUGCCCUCCUUCCCCGCAGACACUUUGGCGAGGCCAUUUUUACACAGAAUGGAGGAGACGGGGGCUCGGAGGAGAGCGUGCUUAGGCGUUUCUGCGGAAUCGGGAGCGUUUCUGGGCGAGACGCCGCGACAGACCCGCAAGCCAGGGGGCCGCGGAAACCCGGGGAGCCGGCGGACCGGGCAGGGGACGCGCCCGGAGCCGGUCGGGGCGCCUGUCUCGUGGGGGAAGAUGGCGCCACAGACGGGUUUCUGUGCCGUUCACGGUGGUUUGCAACGUCCAACGUUCAAGCGGUCACUGAAACGGCUUUCUCAGGUCCCCACCCUAUGUUGUUGAAAAGAAAAGUCAGUGUUGUGUACAAGCAGUUGAGGACAUUGAACAGGUGGGAAUGGGGCAACAGGGGCUCCAGUGCCUCUUUUCUUGACUUUAAUUUCGUGAUGGCUCUCCUCUUGGCAACACCAUUUCCGCCCUUUUUUAGCAGUGACUGUACUCACCCCUUGAAUGGUGUUGGUCCAGACCACAUGGAUAUAGAGGAAUACGGAGCAUGAUUCAGAACAUUUGACCAUGUUGACAUCAAUGGACUGAGUAGUGAUCCAAGGUGUGCCCAGAAAAACUAUUCUUGUCACAAAUUGCAGGACCUGAUUAUGCAGCAUGAGUGUCUAUGUCCCUGAAGGAGCUACCCCAUGGCUCUACCAAGCACACAGAGAUCACAGAGGGUGCCCCAGCACUGAGAGGCCAGCUCUGCCCCAAGGACAAGAUCCUGCACAAUCUCAUAAGCGGUUACUAUAAGGCACUUACCCAAAAAGGAAUUUUGCCUGAACACAUCCCUGCAGACAUUGUCUUUGUGCUCAAAGACAUGCCCUACCUCCUACCUCUAAACUACUGAUAAGGAGACAUGAAUGUGCUCUUCAGUGUCCUUGGGAGGCACUUGGGUUGGUGUGUGUGUGUGUGUGUGUGUGUG